AUGAACGGUGUCACUUUCAAUCAUAACGAGCCAAUGGCUCUGGGAUCUCCUCCAAGUGGAACCACAUCUCCAAGUGCUUGUCAGUAUCUUCCAGGAUUUCUCAUGAGUGAAAAUCCACAGAUGGCAAAUGCACAAUCAACUGAAUCCAAGAUUCCACGUCAAAAUCCUCUUUCCCCUCUAUCUGGGAACGCAUAUAAUAUGCCAGCUCCUCAACAUAAUGUAAAUAAACUGCAACCACGAUAUAUGAGCCAACCGCAGGAUACAAUUGCACGUCGUUUAACAUCCCCUCCAACACGAAGUAUGUGGUCGUCUGUUAAUGCUACCGGUGUUCUUGCUAAAAACACUUCAGACAAUUUUGGUGGUGUCAAACACAGCACACCAAUUCUUGCUGCCGGCACACCAGUAAAUCCAUCAAUGAAAAGGUUGGGAACUGCAAGUCCAUUCCAAUCACCCGGUGAUCCAAGUUUCCAUCGUACUCCUUUGCACAAUAUUGGAAAUAAUUCUACAUCUUUCAUUGGAUCUCCGUUACACAAUAAUAACAGUGUCACAGGAAAUCCAAAUGAUGGUUUGGUUAAUAAGCAAGAUGGUUUGAUAACGCCUAAUCGUUUAGCUGAAGCACUGCUUACACAUCAAAGUUUCAACGAUAAUGAUUCUGCAAAUCUACACGAUUGUUGGGUGACUGUUUUUGGUGGGAAUAAUAUCAGAAAUGUGCAAAGUAUAAAAUGCGAAUAG